CCGGGCGGGAGGGCAUGGCUAAGACGUGACGAAGACGUCACUAGCGUCAGAGCGGGAUAACUGAUAACAUCGCUUUAAUUCGGGAAGAGAGCCGGAAAUCUCUAGGUUUGAGCAGCCGUGACGGGAGAAAAGGACACACGUUAUGAGUGCCAUGGCUGCCAGGAAGCAGGGACGUACUUCUCCUUCAGGCACCUCUGCAGAGACCACAAGGAUGAGGCUUAAAGCCAGCGAGAAAAAAUGCUCGUGGGCUUCCUACAUGACUAACUCUCCAACCAUGAUAGUGAUGGUUGGGUUGCCAGCCCGGGGGAAAACAUACAUGUCCAAGAAGCUGACAAGAUACCUGAACUGGAUUGGAGUGCCGACUAAGGUCUUUAAUCUUGGAGUCUAUAGGAGGAAAGCGGUCAGAGCGUACAAGUCCUAUGACUUCUUCAGGCAUGACAAUGAAGAAGCAAUGACAAUCAGAAAACAGUGUGCUUUGGUGGCCCUGCAGGAUGUAAAAGCCUAUCUGAAUGAUGAGGGAGGACAGAUUGCUGUUUUUGAUGCCACAAACACCACCAGAGAGAGGAGGGAGCUCAUUCUCAACUUUGCAAAUGACAAUUCAUACAAGGUGUUCUUUGUGGAGUCAUUAUGUGAUGAUCCAGAUGUCAUUGCUGAAAACAUCAUGGAGGUGAAGGUUUCCAGUCCAGAUUACCCAGAGAGUGGCAGUGACGGCGUCAUGCAGGACUUUCUGAAACGGAUAGAAUGCUACAAAGUGACAUACCAGCCUUUGGAUCCUGAUGAUCACGACAAGAACUUGUCCCUCAUUCAGGUGAUUAAUGUAGGCCGCAGGUUCCUGGUCAACAGAGUGCAGGACUACAUCCAAAGCAAGAUCGUUUACUACCUCAUGAACAUCCACGUGCACUCCCACUCGAUCUACAUUUGCCGGCAUGGAGAGAGCCUUCAUAAUGUGGAGGGGCUGCUGGGAGGAGACUCUGAGCUGUCAGAGAGAGGAAAGCAGUUUGCAGUGGCCUUGAGGGGUUUUAUCGAGGAGCACAAGCUGUCAGACCUGAAAGUGUGGACGAGCCAACUAAGACGCACCAUCCAGACAGCGGAGGAGCUGGGCGUCCACUACGAGCAGUGGAAAAUUCUGAAUGAAAUCGACGCCGGUGUAUGUGAAGAAAUGAGCUACAAGAUGAUCGAGGAAAAAUAUCCCAAAGAGUUUCUCAUGAGAGACCAGGACAAGUAUCUUUACCGCUACCCCGGAGGAGAGUCCUAUCAGGACCUGGUUCAGCGGCUGGAGCCAGUGAUUAUGGAGCUGGAGCGACAGGGAAAUGUUCUGGUCAUCUGCCAUCAGGCUGUCAUGCGCUGUUUGCUAGCUUAUUUCCUGGACAAAGGCGCAGAUGAUCUGCCCUACUUGAAAUGCCCUCUGCACACCGUCCUGAAACUCACUCCUGUGGCUUACGGUUGUAAAGUGGACACAUUUGACCUGGGGGUGGAGGCUGUAAACACUCACAGGGACAGACCAUUAACCAAAGACAGGACGGACGGCAUGCCUCCACCUUUCCUGCGUCGGAACAGCUUCACUCCUCUUUCUAGCCAAGACCAGAUUAAAAGACCGCGUCUGUACAGCGUGGGCAACCAUUUUAACGACCGCACGUCCCACGCUCCGUUUUUACCCAGCAUGCAGUUUUCCGAGGCACCUGAGGGCGUUGCCUCAUUGCAAAGAAAGGACUGUGUGAAUGAUUUCACUGAAGCAGAUGUUGAGGACUCCCUGAGGAAUUAGAGAUAUCCAUAGAAGAGCUCUUCUUCAGUGGUCUCCUCCUGCCUGUCACACUCCUCUCUGCCUUUAAACAGAGACUUUUCUCUGCAUACUGUAUUUAAGGCACCACUGUAACCCGCACUGUAACAUUCUCUGUAUACGUUUUAAUGUUGUUUUAGCUUUAUGCUAUUAUAUUUGUAAAUUAAUAUUUAAGUAAAUGGCAUUUAAAUCAAGGCUGAGAACCAACACACAAAAGAAACUUUAUAGUGAAGAAUCAAAUCCAUCUUAGUGUCAUAAACUGCAGCUUACAGUUGGAUUGUAGAAGGCAGGUAGAUUCUUUUUCUGUUCUCUUGAAAGCGCAAGACAUUGUGGCUCAAAUUGUUUAUAGCUUUCUAACUUCCCAAACGAUUGCUCACGUUUCCUGACCAGGUGAAGUUGUUGUUUUAUGUUCAAAUGCAGCGAAAUUACAAAAAAAGUUUCUUUUUUGCAAGAGCGCUGAAGAUUUUAAAAUGCACCAGAUGUUCUGUCUAGCCUAAUAAAAAAACAGGAGUUCCCUUUUUCCCAUUUGCUCUUCCAACAUUCAAUUCUACUAGACUGGAAAAAAAUAUUGUUCUUUUUCUAUUCUCUUCUAUGAACUUUGUUGUUGAUCAGACAUUUGUGUAUGAUAUUUCUACUGAUAUAUGUGCAUAUAGAUAGAUAUAAAUAAACCAACUAUGUCUUGUUUAGGGUUACAGGCUCACCGCUGCCAACCCAGCCACUGUUAGGUGGGGUACAGACAUCUUAAUUUGACAUUUUAGGAAAGAAGCUAUUAUAUAAGCACCUUAAUUUAAGCAUACAGGCACUUUCCAAAAAAUCUAGACUAGAGUAUCUCGGAAAAGUGUAUUAUUUUACAUUAAAAAAACUUUCAAACAGUGA